UCCAAACAGACGGUAUCCUAUACGUACAUCAAACGCAUAUUGUUUGGUUAAGAGCUCCUUUACUAGUUAAACUUGGUAGAACUGAUAAUUAUUAACAUGAAAAAUUAACUAGAAUAAUUUAAAAAAUAACUAUAAUUUGUGUACAAUUUCUUUUCAUGUUUAGUUUUUCCUUCGCACGUCAUAUUUUGUUUGUCAAAAUUUCAGUAUUAAGGAAGAAAGUGUUUUGUGAAAAGUAACAUAAAAGGUUGAUCAUCAUGAACGUCCAUAAAAUAAUGUCAAUAAUAAAAGAUCCUGAUAGCAGGGAACAAGAGGGUAGAGGCGCAAUCAGAGUUAUAGAUCGACCUACGUUUAUAUUAAAAACAAGGGAAGGCGAAAGCAGAGCUGUUUCGCCAAGUCAACGUAAUGGUGCUAACAAGAAAGAGGUUGAAUCAUCGUCCCAUGUUUCAAAGCUUCCAGACCCUACUCGUACCAUAUUAACAACAUGCAUAGAAAUGACAACUAGUGUCAAGUUUAUGGAUGAAAAUAUGCAACUUUGUGAAUACCCUUUAGAAUACUUGUAUGAUCAGCAAGAUUUUUUGGUAGUAGGAUGUCUAGGAGCUCAAGGAGUUGGCAAAUCCACUAUAAUGUCUCUUUUGACGUCUAGUUACGCGCCCAAUAUAUUUCCAAUUCAAGACACGUCACAUCAUGAAAGUGGUGCAAAUUGUACAUCUGGCAUCGACUUCUUUGUAACAAAAAACCGAGUAAUAUAUCUGGAUACUCAACCAAUACUCUCUGGAUCAACAAUAGACUAUUCUGUUUCUUACGAUCAAAAGAAACCUGCCACUGAUUUUGCAAGCAUUGAAACCAACUUGGAGCUGCAGUCUUUGCAGUUUACUGCCUUCUUGUUUUCGGUCUGUCAUGUUAUUAUUUUUGUACAAGACUGGAUCGUUGAUCCAAAUCUAGUUAGAUUUUUACAAACUGCAGAAAUGUUAAAACCGUCGUCUACGAGUAACAUGGAUCAAGACUACGUCGAAUAUUAUCCUCACAUUGUAUUUUUACACAACAAAGCUGAACUACAAGAUUUUACUCCAAAUGUUGUGGAAAAGAUGAAGGAUUUCUAUAGUAAAGUGUUUUCUACUUCAAGAUUACAAACUCACAGUGGUUUAGAUGCAAGCAUUCAGUCAGUGGAUGCUAGUUUAAAUUUAUACUUUGUACCACAAAUUGUAAAUGAAGAAACUCCAAUGUAUCAAAACGAAAAGAAGUUAAUAGAAAGGUUAAAAACAAAAAUACAUGGUAUUAGCAAAAAUCCAAUGACGCCGAGUCCAUUAACUGAAAGAAAUUGGUAAGUAUAAUAACACAAA